AUGCAACAUCCCCGAGACACCCAUCUCACUGUUGUUAAGAGGAUCUUCCACUACCUCAAAGGAACCAUUAAUCUUGGUCUCCAUUUCAUUUGGGCUCCCAUCACUACUCUUCGUAGCUAUUGUGAUGCCGAUUCGACCGGAUCCAAGGAUGAUCGUCGUUCAACCACUAAUUUUGCUAUCUUCAUGGCCAAUAACUCGUUAUCUUGGGAAGCCAAAAAACAAGCUACUAUCUCACGUUCAACAGCUGAAGCUGAAUAUCGUGCACUCGCUACAACUAUAGUUGAACUUAUAUGGUUCCUGAAUCUCCUUCAGAGCAUUGGGUAUUCAACUUCUACUCCUACAUUGUAUUGUGAUAACAUCAAUGCAAUCAACAUGGCCAAAAAUCUUGUUUUCUACGAGUCAAUUAUCAUCACGAAUAACUUGUUACAAGUAUUCGUUGUUUUUAGUGACUUUUAA